AUGAUCGAAGACGACUUCUACCGCACCUCCUCGCAAUACCGUCUCUGGUCCUUCACCGCGGCCUCCCUCCAAGCCCAACGGGCGACCACCAACGCCGUGGCCAGCGACCGGGUGCGCGCCGCCAUCCGCCGUGCGCAGGAGGCGCGCCGCUCCGCCACCUCGUCCGCGACAGGCACCCCGGUCCCUGAAGUUGAGGGUAGCACCAGCACCAACCACCCCGCGAAAGCCGAAGAGAAACCCAUCGAAUGCCUCACGCCGGAGGAAGAGCAGCAGACCGUGAGCUACUACUGCGAACAGAUCAUCCAACUAGGCGAAGCGUACAAACCGCCAUUACCGACGAUAGUUCGAGCAACAGCAAUCCAAUACCUCCGGCGCUUCUACCUAACGAACAGCCCGAUGACCUACCACCCGAAACAAAUCAUGCCGUGCGUGCUCUUCCUGGCCACCAAGACGGACAACUACUACAUGUCGCUCCGCCACUUCGCCGACGGGGUCCCCGGCGACACAACCGCCGAAGACAUCAUCGCCCCGGAGUUCGUGGUGAUGCAGAGCCUGCGCUUCACCUUCGACGUGCGGCACCCGUUCCGGGGGCUGGAGGGCGGGAUCAUGGAACUCCAGGCCCUGGCCGCGGGGCAGGGCCAGCCCGCGCCGCACCUUGCCGCCACCCAGACGCAGACACCGGAAUCCUUGCAAAGAGGCCUCCUCGCCCUGCCCCCUUCCUCCUCCUCCUCCUCCUCCUCCUCUUCGAAAAACAUCACCGACCGAAUCGCCCGCGCCCACCACGCCACCCGCGAGAUCCUCAAAUCCGCCGCCCAGAUCACCGACGUGUAUUUCCUCUUCACGCCGGCGCAGAUCUGGCUCGCCGCGCUGAUGCUGGCGGACCGGCCGUUGACGGAGUAUUACCUCGACACGAAACUCGGCCCCCCGUCAUCCCAGGAAGCAGAGGCGAAUAUGCUGGCGACCCUCCGACCAAAACUCCUCCGCACGCUCAACGACUGCGCCGCCAUGCUGCAGGCCUACAAGCCCCUCGCGUCGGAUCCGGAUCAGAUGAAGACCCUCCGUCGGAUCAUCGGGAAGAAGCUGUAUCACUGCCAGAAUCCCGAGAAGGUGAAUCUUGGGGCUGGGCAGAAGAGGAUCCCUGCUGCGGCGAUCGCUUCCUCGGCUGCGGCUGCGGUUGCCACUCCAACAGGCGGGGUCGAUUCCGGGGCGUCGGAAAGUGAGAUGGAGAGGUUGGCGAAGAAGCGGAAGUUGGAGACUGCCGCGGAAUCUUCCAGCGGUAGUAAGAAUAUUUUCGGGGGCGAGUUGGUUAUGCAGAGGACGAAGGAGCGGUAA